CCUCUUCGUCUCCAACGCCAAACUCUCUCCCCUUAACCCACCAAUCGAAGCAAGCACGCUUCUUCUUCUUCGUCUUCCUCUGAUCCCCAUCGACAUUGUUGUGGUCAAGAAGAAGAGGAAGAUGAUGCACGAGGCAUGGAAUGCUAAUGCGGCUCUCACCUGCAUCACGCAAUCCAAGUCAGCCCCUUGCUCGCCCAUCAAACCCAUCAUAAGUAGUCGGUCCGAUCCCUUCCAUGUCGCCCACAAGGUCCCCGUCGGCGACACCCCUUACGUCAGAGCCAAGCGGGUUCAGCUGGUCGAUAAGGACCCCGAGAAGGCGAUCGCGCUGUUCUGGGCGGCCAUCAACGCCGGCGACCGCGUCGACAGCGCCCUCAAGGACAUGGCCAUCGUCAUGAAGCAGCAGAACCGGGCGGAGGAGGCGAUCGAGGCGAUCAGGUCGCUGCGGAGCAGGUGCUCGGAUCAGGCUCAGGAGUCCCUCGAUAACAUCCUGUUGGACUUGUACAAGAGGUGUGGGAGACUGGACGAUCAAAUUUCUCUCUUGAGGCGAAAGUUGCAGCUCAUCCAACAGGGGCUCGCCUUCAAUGGGAAGCGCACUAAGACUGCCCGAUCGCAGGGGAGGAAGUUCCAAGUCACGGUGGAGCAAGAAGCGACGAGGCUUCUGGGGAACUUGGGCUGGGCUCUGAUGCAGAAGGACAACUUCGUGGAAGCCGAGGCUGCCUACCGGAGAGCGCUCGUCAUCGGCCCCGACAACAACAAGAUGUGCAACCUCGGCAUCUGCUUGAUGAAGCAAGGGCGCAUCGCGGAGGCCAAAGAGACGCUGAAGCGGGUGAGACCCGCGGUGGUCGACAGCGUACGGGGAGCGGACUCGCACCUCAAGGCCUUCGAAAGAGCGCAGGAGAUGCUCCGUGACCUCGAAGCCAAACUCUCGGGCCACAGCGGCCACGGCCGAUUCGAUCAGAAUUGGCUCUUCGAGGCUUUCACGGGUUCCGCUUCCAUAUGGCAGCCGCAGCCGUGCGUCGAUUACCUGAUGCUACCGCCGCCGCCUCGAGACCAAUUUUCCGACGAGAACGUCGACAGCCUGAACAGGACGAGCAGCAACAUAAAACCGGAGCUCACGUCGGGCAAUGCACUCAACAUCGACGCGCCGCCAUUUUUUUCUUCGAAGCUGAUGAAAGACCAUGAUCCUCUGGGAAAUCUGAAGAGGACAAGGUCAGGGCAGGCGCCGGAGAAGGCUUCACAGGCCAAGGUCGCCGCAGAGGGAGAAAUGAGUGGUAGAAGCUGUACCUCGGUGGAGGAGACGGUGGAUAAGUGGCCGGAGUUGCCGGACAACAACGCAUUCGACGAGGCGAUCGUGGCUGCAGUUUUGGGUCCUGUUCUUGCAGAUGAGAAAGCAGAUGCUAACAACAGCAAGAGUAGUCCAGCUUUGUGUGAGGGGAAGAUGGGGAAGAGGCUUAAGAUCUUUCAGGACAUAACUCAGGCGAUGAACUCACCCAAAUAACAACAGAUAUCAUCAUUCAAAGCAUUCGAGCUUUGUUGGUAUCAUCAGUAGGGAAUGGGAAGGAGAUGAGCUUGUUCUCCUUGGCUUCCAGAGGUACGUCUUGCUUGCUUUUGCAGUAGCAGUAGAUCUCAUUCUAAUCUAACAGUGUUGUAAUCUGAUGAUGGUUCCGUAGUUGGCAACUAAUAACAAUUCUUUAUUUGUCAUUCA